AUGACCAAUGGCCUCUCAUCAGGCUUCCAGCAGCUGUUUGGAUCUGAGAUCAAUGAGAACCCGAGGAGGUUCAUUCUACGAAACUGCAAUGCCCAGCACUUGUUUGAGGAUGUGAUGUAUGUUAUGGAAGGCAGCGGUCCUUGUGCUCGUCAUGGGGGUCGAUGCCCUGUUCCGCGUGGAGAGGUUGACAUUUUCGUCGGGGGUUUUCCCUGCACCCCGUAUUCCUUCUGCAAUCCGAAGCGGUUCAAGAGGAACUGCUUCACUGAGCCUGCAGCCGCGCCCUUCUUCGAGAUGCGAAAAUUCAUUGCGGAGAGGCGGCCGCGUCUGGUCAUUCUUGAGAAUGUAAGAGGUCUGCUUGCUCCGAAUCCGGAGACGGAGCACCCUCCCAUUGACUUCAUCCUGAGAGGUCGAAACCCUGAAAAUCCAGAAGACUGCUACCAGGGCACUGCGCCCAACGCUGACUGGGGCCUCAGCCUGAUCGAAGGCUAUGGGCUACGCUGGGAUAUCCUGUACUCCUACGAUUGGGGUCUGCCACAGAGCCGCCCAAGAGCAUCUUUGCUGAAGGAAGAAAGUACCCAAAUUAGUUAUAUGCAAGCAAAAAAAAAAUUUAACUCGCGACUGGAUCGUGACAGGGCUUGCUACCAACCCUGUCCCAUGGGUCCUUCUCGGCUUCCCUCUUUUGCAGGAUAUCAGAUUUGUGGGAGGCUGGAGAUUCAACUUGCUCAAGGAUUUGGAUGCUCUCUAGGGCUCAGGAAGAUAGGACACUGUGCUUGGGAGCCUUGGAGCCUCCAGGCAAUGGCGUCCCAGAAGUCAGCGGUCUUAGAGUCAACCUCGCGCUGA